GGACAACCGUUGCGGCGUGUCCCAGGGCCUAAGGCAGGACGGUCCUCCGCUGACACCUUCCCUUUCGGCCCUAAGGUUCCCAGCCUGGUGGCCCCAGGACGUUCCGGUCGCAUGGCAGAGUGCUACGGACGACACCUAUGAAGCCCUUAGUCCUUCUAGUUGCGGUGUUGCUAUGGCCUUCGUCCGUUCCGGCUUAUCCAAGCAUAACUAUGACACCUGAUGAAGAACAAAACUUGAAUCAUUAUAUACAAGUUUUAGAGAACCUAGUACGAAGUGUUCCCCCUAGGGAGCCAGGUCGUGAGAAAAAAUCUAACUCUCCAAAACAUGUUUAUUCUAUAGCAUCAAAGGGAUCAAAAUUUAAGGAGCUAGUUACACAUGGAGACGCUUCAACUGAGAAUGAUGUUUUAACCAAUCCUAUCAAUGAAGAAACUACAACUUUCCCUACAGGAGGCUUCACACCGGAAAUAGGAAAGAAAAAACACACGGAAAGUACCCCAUUCUGGUCGAUCAAACCAAACAAUGUUUCCAUUGUUUUGCAUGCAGAGGAACCUUAUAUUGAAAAUGAAGAGCCAGAGCCAGAGCCAGCUGCAAGACAAACUGAGGCACCAAGAAUGUUGCCAGUUGUUACUGAAUCAUCUACAAGUCCAUAUGUUACCUCAUACAAGUCACCUGUCACCACUUUAGAUAAGAGCACUGGCAUUGAGAUCUCUACAGAAUCAGAAGAUGUUCCUCAGCUCUCAGGUGAAACUGCGAUAGAAAAACCCGAAGAACUAACAUCUGGAAAGCACCCAGAGAGUUGGAAUAAUGAUGACAUUUUGAAAAAAAUUUUAGCUAUUAAUUCACAAGUGCAACAGGCACUUCUUAGUGACACCAGCAACCCAGCAUAUAGAGAAGAUAUUGAAGCCUCUAAAGAUCACCUAAAACGAAGCCUUGCUCUAGCAGCAGCAGCAGAACAUAAAUUAAAAACAAUGUAUAAGUCCCAGUUAUUGCCACUAGGACCAACAAGUAAUAAAAUUGAUGACAUUGAAACUGUUAUUAACAUGCUGUGUAAUUCUAGAUCUAAACUCUAUGAAUAUUUAGAUAUUAAAUGUGUUCCACCAGAGAUGAGAGAAAAAGCUGCUACAGUAUUCAAUACAUUAAAAAAUAUGUGUAGAUCAAGGAGAGUCACAGCCUUAUUAAAAGUUUAUUAAACAAUAAUAUAAAAAUUUUAAACCUACUUGAUAUUCCAUGACAAAGUUGAUUUAAGCAAACUGCAUUUUUUCACAGGAGAAAUAAGCAUAUUCGUAAUUUCAAAAGUUGUGUAAAAAUAUUUUCUAUUGUAGUUCAAAUGUGCCAACAUCUUUAUGUGUCGUGUUAUGAACAAUUUUUAUAUGCACUAAAAACCUAAUUUAAAAUAAAAUUUUGGUUCAG